AUGACAAAUUUGACCCCAACGGAAUCUUUGUUACAUUUGGAGCAGAGGUCAUCCAGUGUAAUCAAUGAUAAUGAGAAUGCUGAUGAUCGGAAAAUAAACUUGAAGAAACAAAAGCGAGAAUAUCGUGAUGAGAAAAAACGAGUUACACGAGAGCUACUUACAGCUUUGCAUGAUCCGACAAUUGUUGUUAUGGCUGAUUGGUUAAAAGUUCGUGGAACUUUAAAAAAAUGGAAUCGCUAUUUUUGUGUACUGAAGCCGGGUUUAUUGCUCGUUUAUAAAAGUAGCAAAGUCGAUAAGUCGGGUCAAUGGAUUGGUACAGUGCUGUUGAACAAUUGUGAACUGAUCGAAAGACCAUCGAAAAAGGAUGGAUUUUGCUUCAAACUAUUUCAUCCAAUGGAUCAGAGUAUAUGGGCAACCCGUGGGCCUUUGGGAGAAAGCCAUGGUGCCGUUACAAUUCAACCUUUACCGACUACUUAUUUGAUUUGUCGAGCAUCAUCGGCGCAGGCAGGCGGCUGUUGGAUGGAUGCUUUGCAUUUGACUCUCCGUUGCAGUGGUCUCUUAAUAAGGACCAUGUGCAAACUUUCUGGCUGUAAUCAGAAAGGCGAAGAAGCAACCAUCGAUGAACAGAACAUCUCUGACAACAUUACAUAUAGUGAUACUGUUGAAAGUUGUCGAGAAUUUAACGAAGUUGAAGCGGAAAGACAUUUUGAUGGCCUGAAUGAUGAUAUUGAUCGGAAGACAGUAUCAGACAGUGAUGAUGGCACUAUUGAUUAUGAAGAAAGUUCCUACAUCCAGUCAGAUCCAGAACAGUUUGAUCCAGCAGUACAAAUCGAAGAUCUUGCUGAUGAAAACAAAAGUCUUAUAUGGAGUUUACUGAAACAACUAAGACCUGGAAUGGACCUUUCAAAAGUUACCUUGCCAACAUUCAUUUUGGAGCCGCGUUCAGCCGCUGCUGAGGAUGAUCCUUUACAAAGGAUGAAGAUGAUUGUGAAAUUUUAUUUGAGCGGAUUUUACAAGAAACCAAAAGGUUUGAAGAAACCAUAUAAUCCGAUAUUAGGAGAAACAUUUCGAUGUAAGUGGGAACAUCCCGACAAUUCGACAUCAUACUAUGUUGCUGAACAGGUCUCUCAUCAUCCGCCAGUUUCGGCACUUUUUCUUACGAAUCGAAAAGCAGGUUUUAAUAUAUCGAGUACAAUACUGGCAAAAAGUAAAUAUUACGGGAAUAGUUUAUCAGCCAUGAUGAUUGGUGACGUACGAAUAACGCUUUUGCAACGGGGUGAAACAUAUAUUGCUACCCUUCCAUAUGCAAACUGUAAGGGUAUCAUGAUUGGAACAUUGUCAAUGGAGUACGGUGGUCAAGUAAGAAUAGAGUGCAAUCGUACCGAUUAUGUAUGCGAACUUGAUUUCAAAUUAAAGCCAUUCAUUGGAGGAGCUGUGAAUCUUAUUACCGGAGAUAUCAAAUGUAGGAAGGAAUUGGUGGCACAUAUUGAAGGGGCUUGGGAUGGCGAAAUUUAUAUAAGUGAAAAGGAUAUAAAGACACUUUUAUGGUCAGCAACACCUGAUGUAAUUGCAAAACGGCUUAAACGUUACGAAGUUCUUUUGGAAGAGCAGGCUGAGUGGGAAUCAAAGAAGUUAUGGUUGAAAGUAAGUGAAGCGAUAGCUCAAGAUAAUCAGAAAGCUGCAACAAUAGAAAAAGGUAAAUUAGAGGAUGAACAACGCACUCGUGCUAAAUCUGGAGUACACCACAAACCUAAAUGGUUCAAACAGGAUCUGCUAUCGAAAAAUUAUGAAUACAUACAUGCUGAUUAUCAAGCAUGGGAUGAAAAUGAUGAUAUUCGUCAAAUUGAACAUGAUUACGUGAUACGAACAAUUACUAAACAUGGGACCAAAGAACGGACUGCUUCACCGCCGAGUUCAACUUCAGUCCAUCAAGAACAGUCUGAAGAUUCUGAUUCACCCGGAAAUAAGCAGUAUUGCGAAAAGAAAAAACAACUUAGUUCACGAGAUUUCGAUCGCUUACAACAAAUGCAGGACACUCUGGAUCGUACUAUACAGUUCUUGCAACAUCUGGAAACAAGCUUUGAGAAGAGAACUAGCGUGGCCGUAACACAACAACAACUAAUUGUGAUUAUGAUUUUUUUCGUAAUUCUUCAUGCUGUCAUUUUGCCUCUUUUUUUUGGGUCGUUACGUAAUCUAUAA